AUGGAUCGCGAUAGUCAUUCGACGGAUUGUGAAUUGGGUCAAAAUGAGUCGAUAUUGCACGAUACUACUAGCACGAUAUUGUCGAUUCGUGGCCGUAUGGCCCUCUACCCUCGCGAGCGUCUCUUUGUCCAUCCAUUCCUUUGGAGUGAGCGCCAACUUUCUCUCCUAGGAUGCAAAUUCGUCGACACUGGCGACAGUACAGACGAAACGCUGCGGGGUCCCGUGGAAGAGAAAAACAACAAGAUAGGAGAGACGACUGUCCGGCCGACCGAUGCCCAGAUAUGGGAUAUGGGUCCUGCUGCGAACUUGGCCUUUGGUCGGGACUGGUUCGAGAGGAUGCUGUCUAUCGAGGGCAUUCUUCACUCUAUCAGCAGCCGUCCUUUUACAAGACACGAAAGUAUCCAAUUCUACUUCAGUAGACAUUCCGUCGCCUCGUUGCCAUGUUCCCUAUACCCUAUCUAUGUAGCCGACCCUCGCCAAAAGCCCGAGAUACUCUUUAUCGCGCACCUCGACAUUACACUGCACCAGGUGAAGCGGCCACUAGCACAGAAGGAGAGGCGUCGCCAGAAACUACGCGACAGAUUAAAUGAAUCCCCUGGCUAUCUUACUGUCUAUCUCCUCGUAUCUCAGAGUCUAUGCAAAUACUUACAUCACUACACAGCCAACGUGGCAUGCACCCUUCUAGACACCUUAGAUGCGCCGGGUUCUGAACCUACAUUCGACUUAGCCCUUGACAUUGAGCAUCGGCGCAUCCCCCUCGAGCCUUAUGAUACAAUGGACCGACGACUUGCACAGGCACUGGGCAUACCUUCAUAA